AUGCUCGACGAGGUGUACUACGCCAUCGCCAACAAGACCUCCCGCCUCGGGUUCCCCGAAAGUGUCAGCCUGACGGUCGGCAUCAGCGGGUACCUCAGCGGCGGUGGCUUUGACCUGAUGCUGCGGAAGCACACGGCCUCGCCUUCGACCACGUCCACGACGCCACCAUGGUGGACACCAAGGGAAGGCUCCUCGACAGGCCGCCAUGGAGGAGGACCUCUUCUAGGCCAUCCGAGGCGGAGGCGGCGGAAACUUCGGGAUCGUCUUGUCCUGGAAGCUCCGCGCGUGGCGCCGUCCCUUCCCAACGACACCUUCCUCCGCGUCGUUGUGCCCCUGUACCUCGGCACACGCGCCGGCCUCGUCGCCGCCAUGGCCGACACCUUCCCGGAGCUCAACGUGACGGUGAGCGACUGCACCGAGUGA